UGUUCUGGAUCUCAGAAUCCAAGAUGGAGGCGAUCAGUAAAGCUGGCCAUCAUAUGAGUCUUGCAGCGUUACAGCAGCAUGAUCCUUAUAUAAAUGAAAUCGUCGAUGUUACCGGACAGGUAGCACUGUACACCUUUAAUGCCAAAGCAAACGAAUGGGAGAAGACGGACAUCGAAGGAACAUUAUUUGUGUACACCAGGUCUGCAUCUCCCUACCACGGCUUCACGAUUAUGAAUCGGCUUAGCAUGGAAAACCUCGUGGAGCCCAUUAACAAGGACCUGGAGUUCCAGCUUCAGGACCCGUUUCUCCUCUACAGAAACGCAAGUUUGGCCAUAUACAGCAUCUGGUUCUACGACAAGAACGACUGUCAGCGGAUAGCACAGCUCAUGACGCGGGUGGUGAAACAGGAGGCUCUUCAAGCCCAGCAGGCCCCAGCAGACAGCAGCGCUGCCAGCAGGACCAACGGCUGUGUGGAUGACCGGCCCGUUGACAUCCUAGAGCUGCUCAGCAAAGCCAAGGAGGAGUACCAGAGGGGCCUUGUGAGCGAAUCGGAUGCUUCUACUAACGCACAAAUGGAGCAGAACAAGGAACCUCUGAAACCCACUACUGCCACAAUGGAGCGGGGGUCUGCUGCCCUGCAGCACGACAAGAACUCCCACUCUGGCCUGAAGCAGAUCACCGUGGAGGAGCUGUUUGGAAGCUCGUUGCCCAAGGACCCCGCUCCUGUUACAUUCCCAAGCGAGACCUUGGAGAAAGGAAACCCUGAGGGGCUCCACCUCAGCCAGAACUUUGUCCCCUCCCUUCCCCACGAUGCUGCACUGGUUCCCCAUCUGAACACAGACCCAAGAGGAGACCACACUCUGGCCAAACACAACCGUCUCCUGGCUCCAGGGCCCACGUCGCUGUCCGACACCACGGGUGUCCCCGGCUACAACCUUCGGCCCAGUCCAGUGUUCCACACCAGGGGACCUGGGAGCAGCUCCCCGCUUCUUGUGACCCCACGUGGAUCUGAUCCAGCAGUCAGCAGUGUCCGGUCGACACAGUGCCCACCCGGCAGCGCCACCUACCUCCCGCAAGACCUCCUGAGCCAGCUGAAAAUGGACCGGUUACCGACCUCAGCCCUCAGCAAGCCUGGUCUGACCCCCAGCAUACUGCCUGCUGGACCCCAGUUGGCCACACCUGAGUGCUUUAGAGAGCCCAUCCUCAAACCCGCUGCUUACAGCGGCAGCCUCCCAGCCCCCGUUCAGGUGGUGUCGAUGAAGGCAGGGUCAGCAGCGUCAGCGGUGGAGUCCUCGGUGCUGCUCUCUCCCAGUGUGUUCCAGAACUCUGUUGCCAAAACACAAGAGCUGGAAAGGAAGCCUGCUGCUCCUUCACCGUCAUCUUCCUCACUGCUGGCCACAGAGCUGCCAACUCCUCUCAGCAGACACCAGUUACAGGACACCCUCAUUCACCUCAUCAAGAAUGAUUCCAGGUUCCUCAGUACUAUUCACGAAGCCUAUCUCCAAAGCAUCUCCAAGGACCUCAGCAAUGUCAAGUUAUAGUGCACAGGAGUGGCUCUCCCCCAUGACCCCUGAACUUUGCAAUACAAAGCACACACGUCCUUAUUUAUGAUGCCAGCACUUGGUGCACUGUAGCAGUAAUACGUCCAGCUCUGAUGGACCACAAGGCUGUCUCUUCUCCUAGUUGCCUCAUGUUACAGUCAUCAUUCAUCACGCAAACUCCAUGUCGGUCUCCUGUUCAUGAGUAACAUGGGAGAAAAUGGCACUUUGAGCACUAUACUCUGUUCCACUUUAGUUAUCUGUUUUGUGAAAUAAAUGUGUGUGGAGAGCUGGGCCAAGUCCAGCACAGUGAGCUUUAAGGAUAACAUUUGGCAUAGAAAUGAAGAGGUUCCAUGCAGUAUGGAGAUACUGCAGAAUGAGGAAUGAGGUGCAUCACGUCUUACAAGUCCUUAACAUGUAGAAUCAGUAUCUUAUUUGUAUCUGUUUCAAAUACCUCAUUCUGUCGGGGUUGUAACAGCAUUGCAGCACAAAGAUUUUUGUCCCCACAGAAGAAUUUAGGCCCUCUGAAGUUAGAAAUCUCUCGUUCUUUGAGAUGGCAGUGCACAGCAACAGCAUCACCACCAUGCUCAGUACCAGUCAGCCUGGUAAGGGCGUGGUCCAAAGUUAAGUCAACAGUAGACAGUAAAGGUAUUUCCCUGGCGUUGUUCAUCUUUGCAGCAAUACUGGACUACUCGACAGUCCCCUUUUUGUCUUAAAAGCGCAUAUAUCCAUUUGAGGUGCAUUUGCUAACUGGUCAACCCAGUUUUUAUAUAUAUAUAUAUUUAUAGCUGUAUUAAAUUAUUUUUUUUCUUGGACUUUGGCCUCUGAGGAAUGACUUAAAGUUCAGUUUGUGUUCACUGCAGGUCAGUAAGACAGCAGGAAAGAGCUUGAGAUGGCUUUCAUGUGUUUCUGUUUAGCCAUGAUUCCUCGCAGGGCACCUCCAUACCACACUGUGUUUCAGAGCUGUGCUUAUCUGACCCCAAGCCCAGCGCCACUAGGCCCUCCGUUGACAUGGCUCCCGCUUAUACAAGGAUCGUAGUGUGUUCACCUAUAGACACAGGACCUCCGAGCGCACAUGCUGAAGAGGGGCCUUCUCCAUGAAGUGCUUUAUGAACCCGACACUGUUAGCAUCUGGGAGUGGAUGCUGCAGAUUGUACACUCUUCAAGGCAAAGUCUUCAGUUGCUGAAUGUUUCCAUAUGUGAUGCUAAAAUUAAUGAAAUCCAUUUAAAUAAUAAGGUAACUAUCAGUGUAAAGUUCAAGCAAUUAAAGAUUUCUUGUUUUGGCUGCAUCCUGAUCUGAUGAAAAAUGGAUGUUAUUGAUGUGAACUGUAGAUUUAUUUGUUUUCCAUAGAUACUGCUUUUUCUACUCUGUGGAGCAUGAGCAAUAUAGAAAGUUAAAAUUCACUUAAGGAGAUAUGGUUAUCAUUACAGGAAUCAUCCUGUGUUUUCCUCAGUUCUUUGGAUUGCAGUUAGUGAUAAAAAAAGAGGGGAAUGAAACAGAUUUAUCACAAGUCUUUGCAGGAGGUCCUGAAUAGGAGCAGGUCUCAGAAGGUGAUUACUCACAGUUUUGAAGAAGAAGGUUGUUGUGCUGUGUGUUGAACCUGGUGGUAUUUACCUGUGUUCUCACCUCAUGCUUUUGCAGAAUUUGAUGUUAAUGAGUUUUUUCUGUUUCUUUUAUGUUUUACAUGAUCAUGUGAAAAGUAUGUACUGUUUUGGAGGUAUAUUAUUCAAACCCAGUAGUCACUUUUUAAGGUUUUAAAAUGUUUUAAAAUGCCACAUAUUUGCUUUUUUUCCCCCCCAAUUUUUUUUUCCACUCAACCCACAAAUGCUCAUCAAUUAUUAUCUGAAUAAAGGUUUUCCCUAAAAAUGGCUUGUGCACACAGGACUGUUUUGUUUUAUCAGUGGAGAGGGUUAGUCUUUCCAUUAUUCAGAUAUUUUCUUUCUGCCACUGUUUUCAUCCAUUUUUGUACAUUCAAUUCUAUUUUUUCUAAUAAAAAAUAAAGUGGUU